AUGGACCUGGGGUCGUAUCGAGAGAUCACAAACGACCUCAGAGCGAUGAUCCGGAACAGAGUGGAGGACCUUGCUUGGCGUAAGAAAUACCCUAAAUCAGUGAUUAGGGAAGUGUCCCAAAUCUUGGAAGAGAAGGCUGCUGGGACAUUCCUGUGGGUAGGAGUUGCCUGUGGCGAAUUGACACGAGUGCAAUCCAGGAAUGCAGUAAAGGCCCUGCAAGCUCUCCCGCGGGGCCUACACUCUCUAUAUCAGAAACUCCUCAAUGCAGCCUUCAAAGGCGAGGACGAGAACGAUCGUCGCGUAAUAAAGGAGAUGCUGGACUUUGUUGCAUUCGCACGGCGACCACUGACGCUGAUGGAAAUGGCUGAAGCAUGUCGAUUAUAUGUUGACAAAGAUAUGGAUAGUCGCCUUCAGUUCACCCGGGAAUUUAUCGACCUGUGCCGCUUACUGAUUGUCAUCGAUAAUGGCUACGUGCGACUUUUGCAUAGUUCCGUCCAGGACUUUUUAAUCCUUGAGAUCCGGGAGAUCAAUGCAAUGAAAGCCAAUCACAUGCUGUCAUGUCGGUGCAUUGAGACUAUUCUGCAGAAGUGCCAGCCAGGAGUUGAUGAAUCAGAAUUCGACUCCGAAAAAGGGUUCCUGGGUUAUUCAGUACUGCAUUGGCCGGAGCAUGCUAGGCUCUCUCAAACAGAAUUUGCCAUUCGGGAAGAGCAUAAAGAGUUCUUCCAAAUCCAGCAUGGAACGUGGAGUAGCUGGUUGUAUUAUUAUGACUACCUAAAAAGGACAUUAUGGGAAGCCUUGGGCCCUGGUCUUGCUCCAAUUCACGUUGCAGCCCACUGGGGAAUUCUCCCUUUAAUGUCGUCCCAGCUCCCAGCGAGCUUGGAAAACAAAGAUUUCCGCGGCCAAUCCCCGCUGCUCAUUGCGGCCCAGACUGUCCAGAUUGAAGCUAUGCAUUUGCUAGUUGAAUCUGGCUCAUGUGUGGAUUCUCUGAAUAGUUACCAUGAAAACGUCCUGCAUGUCGCUUGCCAAAACAGUCAGUACAACAACUGCGCGAUGACAAAGUUCCUGCUUGACCGAGGAACCUCUCCAUAUGUCUGCGAUAAAGACAAUAUGACACCUUUCCUUUACGCUAUUGGACACCAAAAAGAAACAAUAGCAAGGGUUUUCCUUCAGAACGGAUUCGACGUGAACUUCAGGAUCCAAAGGCAUUGCUGGACCGGACAAAUGUUGAACAGCAUCAUUUCGUACGAAAUGGAUGAGAGCCCGGAACAAAAUUCUAAAGUAAGUGUGGGAUCGGGCCUAACGGCGCUUCAUUUCUCUGCCCUAAAUGCUUCUGCGAAAAUGACGGCCUUGCUACUCCAAUAUGGGGCCGAUCCAAAUGCUCGUUCUGAUACUGGUGACACACCGCUGCAUCUUGCGAUUAGACGCACGCUCCUCGAGCACGAAUACGAUGAUCCAUGGAUAAGUGGUGUAUAUGCAGCAGAGUCACUGAGAGACUUGAUCACGGGUCAUGAAAGCGAGGCUCAUGAGAUUUACGAAUCCAUCAACCGAUACAGAGAACGCAUUGUUGAGACACUCCUCUCCAGCAACACUGUCGAUGUCAACUUAGCCAACAACCAAGGGGACUAUCCACAGCAUGUGAUCCCCUUUAAGAAGGAUUAUGCGUCGUCUAUCCUAUGCAAACUUGUUGCGAAAGGAGGGGAUAGUUCUAGGCUAAACAGAGCUAAUUAG